AUGGCGGCCGCCCCGCCGAAGCUGCUGCUGCUGCUGCUGCUGGCCGUAGCCGCGCUAACCGCCACCUGCUGGGCGUGUGAGGACAUCGCGAGUCUCACCUUCCCCGAGAGGGUCUACUAUUCGGAGGUGGUGUUGUACGCGGAAGUGAUGCACCACUUCCCGGACACCGUCAACGACUUCGGACCUCAGAGCAACGUCUUUGCCGCGCAGCUGAAGGUGUUCUGCGUCCUGAAGAGCGGUCCGCUUGCCAUAGGUCCUGUCAUCAACAUCACCGCAGCAGGUGAGUCGAGUUUGAAGAUAAAGAGGGCAGAGGCAAUGCUAGCUGGGCUAGCGAUGGCGUUAGGAAGAAAAACAGAUCGCCCAGCGCGCGUCGACCGCAAGCUUCAGCAGGAGAUCGAGAGAAUCGACUGUCCGCGUCGGCAACCUUGGGAGAAAUGCAUCGACGGCUCGAUCCGUCUGCCGGCACCGCCACCGUCGUCCGCCGACACGCGCGCCGAGUACGCCCCCACCGAGCAGCCGAGCACGUUCUUCCGGCAGCCCGUGCGCAUACGCGAGGAGCUCCCGCGCCUCUCGCCGGGCGAAGACGAGGCUGGGGGGCGCUACAAUCGCUACCAAACACCGCCGCGUCUGCAGACGGCGCCCGCCGACGACUGGCAGCGACGACGCGAGGAGGAGGCCGUCUAUGAUGGGCGGAGUAUCCGCGUCGGCACGGGACCGGGUUUUGAGAACGGCGCCGUCUACGUUCGCGACGGGAACCGUGAGGGGGAGAACCGAAGAGGGCAGCCGGGCGCGGCGGUGAACGCCGGCUUCGGGGUGAGCAUUCGGAACUCGGGCCCGGCGCCGCCCCUCACGAGCCUCGUCUACGGCGACACGGACACCGGACAGUACGACGCUGCGGCGGGCGACGCAGUGCGGUACGACGUGAUGACGACGCCGGUGCGUCAGACGCAGCAACCGCGCACCGCAGACUUCAACCCACGCAAGUCUAAACCGACGACGACGACGACGACGACGACGACAACGACGACGACGACACCGCGUCCGCGCACCACGCGUCGCCCGCGUCGGCCCUCAACCACGACGACGACGACGACAGAAGCAGGCGCCUCUUCCGUGCUAUUCAACACGGUCUCCUCUACUAACCCGAACAUGCGACCCAUCGGGGGGAAGCCGAGGUCCCCGAACGACGUCGGCGAGUUCCGGGUGUCGUCGGGCAACCCGACGGCUGGUAAGUCAGCGCCGCGACCGCUGCCGCCGACGAUGUCGGUUGGACCGCGAGGAAAUGACGUCGAGUCGCAGCCGAACCACAUCCGGUUAGAAGGUCCGAAGACGUCGCUGAAUUCCGGCUACAAGGCAUACAAGUACAAGAACGCGUGCGCGCAUGCGCGGGGUGGCUGGGUCGCUGUACUGCUAGCGGGUGUGGCAUGCGCGGCCAUGCUGCUGCGCUGAUCAUGACGAGCGACAGACGACAGGGGGCGCCUGGGUGAAGCAGUUAUAGCCGUGCUGACGACGAUGACGAUGGUUAUGAUGACGACGACCACGAUGAUGAUCAUGACGAUAAUGAUCAUGACGAUGAUGAUCAUGACGAUGAUGAUGAGGACAAUAAUGGUGACGACGAUGAUGAUGGUGACGACGAUUGUUAUAAUGACGACGACGACGACUAUGAUGAUGAUGGGAUGUGGUGAGAAGGUGUGGAGAUUGUUGUAUGCGGUUAAGGGUAGGUAACUAUUGGGUUAUUGUAUUGGGUUAUUGUAUUGGGUUAAGGGUAGCAUAUUGUCUCCUCGUUCACGUCACCGCCGAGUACUGCAAUGAGAACGAGCGAUGUGACGUAGAUGCUAAUUAAGUCACUACCUGCGUGCGGAAACUCCUUAUCAACCAACUUUACUCCAGACCAAUAUUACAUUAACUACUCCCCUUGUACUUAUCGCCAACAGCUUGCUACAGUGAUUAUAAAUAUGAUUAUAUCUCAUCAUAAAUAUAUAUUCAUUUAAUCGGAGGAGGAAA